AUGAAUUUGAUUCUCUUUUAUAUCUCCACUCUAGUUGCCUUCCCUGUGGAUGAUGAUGACAAGAUCGUUGGAGGAUACACCUGCCAAGAGAAUUCUGUCCCCUACCAGGUGUCCCUGAACUCUGGCUACCACUUCUGUGGAGGCUCCCUCAUCAAUGACCAGUGGGUGGUGUCAGCAGCUCACUGCUACAAAAGCCGCAUCCAAGUGAGACUGGGAGAGCACAACAUCAAUGUCCUGGAGGGCAAUGAGCAGUUUAUUGAUGCUGCCAAGGUCAUCAAGCACCCCAACUUCAAUAGGAGGACCCUGAACAACGACAUCAUGCUGAUCAAGCUCUCUUCCCCUGUGACCCUCAAUGCCAGAGUGGCCACUGUCUCUCUCCCCGACUCCCCUUGUCUCUCUCCCUCUCUCUCUCUCUUCUUGCUUGCCAGCUGGUUCAACAUUGGAUACAGAAGUCUUCAUUCUUUUCCAUUCCUCACAGUCAGUGAACCAGACCUGCUCCAGUGCCUGGAUGCCCCACUGCUGCCUCAGGCUGACUGUGAAGCCUCCUAUCCUGGGAAGAUCACUGAUAACAUGGUCUGUGCUGGCUUCCUAGAGGGAGGCAAGGAUUCCUGCCAGGGUGACUCUGGUGGCCCUGUGGUCUGCAAUGGAGAGCUCCAGGGUAUAGUCUCCUGGGGCUAUGGCUGUGCCCUGCCAGACAAUCCUGGUGUGUACACCAAGGUCUGCAACUAUGUGGACUGGAUUCAGGACACAAUUGCUGCCAACUAG